AAGUCCUGAUGGCUCAGAAUCUGUCUGUAGAAAUUCUUCAAUUUGUUGGGGGAUUAGGCAUAGACAUGUCAUUUAUUUAUUUAUUUUUGUAAAAAGUCCCUUUGAUAGGGACCUGGAAUUUUUUUUUUUAAGGCCCUUUUGAGAUUGUACAGUCAGGGUUGGGAAGUGUUUCCCUAGAUAGAGGUUUCUACUUUGGCACAUACUAUAGUCUCUUCAGGAACUUAAACAUACUGAUAUGUGCGUCUGAUCCUUGGGAUUCUGACUUCAUUGAUCUGGGAUGAGGCUAGACUUCAAAGACAUUCUAACACGUGGCCUGAGCUGAGAACCAGUGCAAUAGGUUAAACAUUUAAUUUGGCAUAGGAGAAGCUGAGGUCCAGAGCUGAGAUUGUGUUGUGCAAGGUCAAAUAGCACAUGACUGAAUGAAGAAUACUGCUUGUCUCACACGGGGCACAGAACUCUAGACUCCUUUACUUGUAUCUCUGAUUGGUAACUUCCAUACGGAUGAGCUCAUCUCAUCCCCCCAACUCCUGGUAAGUAGGGGGCAGUCACCACCCACAUUUCAUGGAUGAGGAUAUUGAGGAACAAAACUGUCCAGAUAGGGGUUGGAGGUGUGGCGGAAGUGGUAGAGCACUAGCAAGUGUAAGACCCUGAGUUCAAGCCCUAGUACUGCCCUGAAUCCCAAAAACAAAACAAAAAAAACUGUCCAGAUGGACAGGGGAGGUAAUUCAGUGAUUGGCUUGAGCCUAACAUGCAGAAGGCCCUGGGUUUGAUCACCAGCAUUGAAAAACACAAAAACAAAAACAAAAAAAACAACCAAUCAACCAGAUAAACUGUCCAGAUAACUUGCCCAAGGUAAGGGCAAGAGCCUAGAACACCCUGGGCCUGCUCUUUUCACACCCAUCCAUUGUCAUAUAGGUUCUAGAAUGAACAGGUCAGUGCUGUGACGUAAGUCCCAGGUGUACGGGGAGGGACUAUGAGGUGGUACUCCAGAAGGGUGGAGAGGGCAGGGUAAGAGGCUUAGGACUGUUCAGGGAGACCAUGUCCUAUUUCAUGUCUCCACAAACCCAGCGGGGUCUUCUGCCUUCUGGCCCAGGUGGGGCUGCUUCUGCUGGUUCAUCCGUUGGCCUCUAUAGUCCUGCAGAGCCAGUGGUGGUGGCCUCUGGUGGACUAGGCCCACUGAGCCAGAAAACCGAGCAGGUGAUACCUGCUGCCCAAGCCUGGGGCCCUGCCCUGGCAGUAGCUGAAACCAGGGGCUGCCCUGGGAACACUAGCUGGGAGACACUGCGGAGAAAGGAGUACAGCCGAUACUGCCCCAAAUUCCCCACCAUGAGGCAGCCAGAGAGCUUGGGCUGGGAGGAUGGCUGCUCCAGAGCCAGGGCACCACCCCGCCCGGGUGGCCCCAGCACGUCUGGACCCCUGCUGCUGUGGGGGCUGUCACCAGGGGUUCUGCCAAGGCCUUCUGAGGCAGGGGGGAAGGAGGCCAGCUCCCAGCCUGACAUCUGCAUCCUCACUCUGGCCAUGAUGAUCGCUGGCAUCCCCACUGUGCCCGUCCCAGGCCUGCGGGAAGAGGACCUGAUCCGGGCAGCUCAAGCUUUCAUGAUGGCCCAUCCGGAGCCAGAGAGUGCUAUGGAGGGGGCACGGUGGGAGCAGGCACGUGCCCACGCGGUCUCUGGGCAGGUGCCCCUAGUGAGAUGCAGGAGGGGCCAGCCUCCUGGCUCUUGCUUGUAGCUGGAUGAAAUAG